UUUUACUGUACUCUCACUGGAAAAAUACUGUCCAUUUGAACCCUGUUGUGUAGCCUCCAUAUCAACAAAGACUCCCCAGUCGGAGUGUCCGCGUUUUUCUCCGUAAUUCUGACAAAGUCAAACUCUCCAGCUAUGCAUUUCAGAUAGCACCGUGACGUUUCGGAAGUGUCGGUGCCAUUUUAAGGACAACAGACGUCCGUUUCUUCGUUUUAAAGGGCCGAGUGUACCAAGCUCGCCGUAAACAUGUCGACUGCCGUGAACUUCCAUUCUCAGAUCGCCUCCAUCAUGGAGGUGCUGGCGAACGCGGCCGUCGCAGAAAUUUGUAAAGUUGUGGACGACGGAUACGCGGUGGUUCAUGUGGAAAUGUCCCGGAGCCAGAAGGAGAACGAGUUCCUGCGCAGGAAAAUCAAACUGCUGGAGCUGCAAAUCGCCCGGUACCGAGCGGAGAGAGUGAAGGGUUGGGACGGCUCGUUCGGGAGCCGCUUCCCCGGGGUCCGCCUCCUCAACCGGCACAACAGGGACUCACAGGCGGGCUCCGCUCUUCAAGGCAGGACCAGGUUUCUGAACCGAGAGCCGGGGACUCAGCAGUGCGUGCAGAAGAUCCAGCCUAUCAAUGUGGACCAAGAUCCUGAUCAGGAGGUGGUCACCACCACCAAAACCGAGUCAGCAGAGCCUGUGGAGGAGGGUCAACUGCGGAUCGUCAAGGUGGAGGGAACGAUGGAGAUGGAAACCAAUGACCAUGAGGCACCAGUAGACACCUGCAUCAGCAGCAGAGAAGAGGCCCACGCCGCCACCUCGCUCCCCACCGCCUCGACGGAUUCAAGCGACGGCCAGCCAGCCGGACGCCGCAGCGAAACGGAGGUCAGUGGAUCUGACACGGUCCCCUUUGACAGCAGCAGCAGUGACACUGCCCACAGUUCCCAGCUGGAGUUAACAGGAUGUGAUGUCAAAGUAGAGGACAGCGAGCCGCUGAACUCAGAUGCUGGCAUGACGCCAAGCAGGGACGCCGUGCCAGCUUCUUGCGAUGAUGUAAUGGACAGCAAGAGAGAUGAUGAGGCCGCGUUAGACACCUCCGAGUCCUCCCUGUCAGACGUGAUAGUCAUUGAUGGAGAGGAGUCAGACCAGGAGGGAGAGGAGUGUGAGUUAUUAGAUGUAGACCAGAUAAAGACAGAGGCAGGUGAAGAGAAAGACAGACACGAAACAACUACAUUACCCAUGAUUCAGUGUGCUGGGCUGGAAUCAGCAGGACACAGGUUAGUGCAAGUGAGGUCCUCUCCGCAGGCAGGGUCUGUUCUCCCUCAUGAGGACACGCCAAGAACAUCUAGUGAUGGAAUUACCUCCAGCUUCAACUCCUCUUUGGCUCUGUGGCGCCCCGCGAGCCUCCAUAAUGUAAACCACCACAGAGCCUUCCCCAACAGCCUCCACUUGGCCUUCUACCACGCCGUCACCACGGAGCGUCCGUACGGCUGCACCAGCUGCCCCAAGCGCUUCUUCCUGGAGUCCGACCUGCAGAAGCACAUGGCCCGGCACACCAGGGAGAAGCCCUACACCUGCCUGCUGUGCGGCAAGAGCUUCGUGUGCCAGAGCCAGCUGGACAUCCACCACAACGUGCACACCGGAGAGAGGCCCUUCAGCUGCUCCAUCUGCAACCGGCGCUUCUCCCACCCCAGCAACCUCAAGAGGCACCAGAAGAUCCAGCACUGAGCAUCAAGACCACAACACUGCUGCACCAAAGUUUCCCUGAAGAGGACUUUUAAACAACACUUUUUAACCCCGAGGGUUAUUUUUUAAUACAUUUUUAAAAUCAGAAACAAAAAGAGACGGAAGAAAUGCAGAGCAGACUAAAAGACGAUGCAGUAAUCCAGAUGUGAUGUAGCAGAAACACAAGAAGCACCUCUGUCCUUUGACCUGUCUGAAUGCUUCUCACUUUUGUUUUAUCAUCCAAACAUUUACAGUUUUUUUAAAUGAAGGAAAUCUGACUAGAGUGAGGAUGGCCUACCCCAGAGAAAAAUAUGAUUAAGAAUUACAGAAUGUAAAAUUUAACAGCCUUUGCAUGGGGAAAAAAUACAAUAAACUGUAGGGCUGCCCCUUGAAAAGCAGAGAUUUGAAUCAUUUGUCAGAGACAACUGAGAUUGCUUCAAGUCUAGCCAUUGCUGUUUUGUUUUUAUUUUUACGUUUUUGUUUGUCGGUGUGCUUCUGGGGACGUUUUGGUCCCCAGAUUUUGCAUCGGAGUGAGCAUUCUUGACUUUCAUGCUACUCUUUGGUACAGGGAGUUGUGGCCAUGCAGGCAGCAGCACAGAGGAGGACAGGAGAGUGAAAAACUCUUCUGUGUUCUGCUGUGGUGAAUUUACAGCUCACAGUAACUUCAAUACGCCACAGUCUCUGGCUUUUGUCUGAUAUCUAGUGUCGGCAAAUAAGUUGUUGCACAUUUCCAACUUGUUGUUAGCACAGUUAGCUUGCUUACUGUACUACUUGAAUGCAGAUUUCACAUAAGACUUCCCACUGAGCCCAUUCAAAAUUUAAAUCUUUAUAUGGGGAAAAAUGAAUCAUUAAAUAUUUGUGUUGAAAUGCCAAAUCUGAUUCGACUGGCAUAAUUCUGAGUCGGGUAGUUUGGCAAAAUGAAAAUCCUAAGGAUUACAACCUCACCCGAAGACUUUGGUUUUUUAAGCAGUGUCCUGUAGAAACAAAAAUAUUUGAACAUUCAAUAUGAAGAUGACAAGCUGGUAAAAAGCCAGGAGGUGAACCACUUUUUUUUAAUUGACAGAUGAGAAAACAAAUAGGGAAACAAAUAAAUAAAAAACAAGAAGCCAAACAAAACAAAAUAUAUAACAAGGAAAAUAAACAGAUGUACAAAAAUACAAAAGUGAACCACGUUGUGAAAUGCUGAAUCUCCAUGAUUUGACACCAAUAAGGAGGGGAAAUGUCCUGACUGAGACAAACAGCAACUUAGUGCCUCUAUUCUAUGUCACACACACACACACACACACACACACACACAAACACACAACACACACACACACACACGCACGCACGCACGCACACACACACACACACACACUCACACACCAGACUGGUAUGGCUACAGUGGCAUGUUCAUCUCAGUAAAUGACAUAGAAUACAGCAGCAUCUAUAGUACAUGUCAGUUUUACAUAUUGGCCUCAGACCAUGAAACACUGUGAAUGAGCUCGCGUUUAACUGUGAAAGAGCUUCGGCUCAUGUCACAUCUGCGAGACCGUCAGUUCUUAAACAAACAAAAAACAUCCCCCCCGCAGUAUUUUCAACUGCUGUUAAUGCCAGCUGCAUCCAUAAAUGUAUGCAGCCCAGUCACCAGAGGAAAAUGUUGUCACUGUGUUUCUGUACACCACGGUCACAUUAUAUUUGCUCUUUUCAUACAUUUGAGACCAACAACAAAACCAGCUGUGAUUUCGCCAGUCAUCACUGUCUUCCAAACGUGAUUUUUUUUUACAACUAUAACAAAGUAGUUUUUGUGCCUAAAACUAACCACACAUUUACCCCAGAGUUGUUUCAACGUUAAGUUUCAACAUUUCCACGACAUAAUAACGUAUAAAUGUCACAUAUCCGUGGUUUGCAGAAAUGUACAAUAUUAGUCUUUUUUUCUGAGGAUUGGGUUGAUUUAUGAUUAUCCAGAAGUAGACUGAACAUACGCCAUGUCAGCAGCUAGGAAUCAGAUAGGAUUCAGCUUCACAUCUUUUCAUUCUAUAUUCUUUCAGUCUAUUCUUCUGUGAUAUGAAUGAUGAAACUGAUGAGAAAGUGUCUUGGGAGUUUCACUGUGACAAGAGGGACGAGUGUCCCUCACACUCACUCUGUCACUAAUGAAGUGGUGCAGGGAUGAGUCCCAAAAUCUGUUAGCAUCUUCCCACUCCUGGUUCCCUUGUAUUGAAGUCAAUGGGUUUUUUAAUUUGGUUUUGGUUAGAUGUCUAAAAUUGUUCAGUUUUGAAGCUUUUAUGUGGCUUAACCCUUUGAAAACCUGGACUGACAUCACUUUUCUUGUGCUACAUUGAGACACCUCUAAUGAGUAAUUAAACUUGUGAAAUUUGAGCAAACGGGUUUGAUUUCUUUAAAAAAAAACAACACACACACAAAUGGGAAAAGG